UAGUCAAGAGCCCACAAUCCAAAAUGGCUGCCGUGAUUCGAAGAAUACUCAGUAAUGGAUUCUCUCGUUCAAAUUUGCUACAAGCAACUGUUAGGGCUGCUCCGCAAGUAAUAAAAAAGAACUUGGCAUACCAUCCGCACCAUGUUCCUCCCCCGGCAAGGUAUGGAGGUCGCAACACCGUCACUCUUAUUCCUGGGGAUGGCAUUGGACCGGAGAUGGUGGUAGCUGUACAGGAUAUUUUCAGACAUAUUGGUGUGCCGGUUGACUUUGAGGAACUAAAUCUUAGUGGGCUUGACAUUAAGGACGAGGAUUCUUAUUUGGGUGCAUUUAAUGAGGCAAUUACUUCCAUCAAGAGAAAUGGUGUUGCAAUGAAAGGAAACAUUUUCACCCCUUUGGAUGCAAUUCCUGGCUUUCGCUCUUUGAAUCUAGAACUUAGAGUGCACCUAGAUCUUUUUGCCAAUAUCGUCAGGUGCAAAUCUAUCCCUGGCAUCCAAACCAGGCAUAAUAAUGUUGAUCUGGUCAUCAUACGACAGAAUACAGAGGGAGAAUACAGCCAUUUGGAACAUGAGAAUGUAUCUGGGGUUAUUGAGAAUCUUAAAGUGACCACAGAAGAAGCUUGCAUGAAGAUUGCACAGUAUGCAUUUGAUUUUGCUGAGAAACAUGACCGGAAAAAGGUUACUGCUGUGCAUAAAGCAAACAUAAUGAAAAUGGGAGAUGGUUUGUUCUUGCGAUGCUGUGAGGAGAUGUCACACAGCUACCCAAACAUUGAAUUUAACAGCAUGAUUAUUGACAACUGCUGCAUGCAGCUUGUUGCACAUCCUCAGCAGUUUGAUGUGAUGGUUCUUCCCAACCUUUAUGGCAGCAUUGUCAGCAACAUUGGUGCAUCCCUUGUUGGUGGACCAGGAAUUGUACCAGGAGAAAACAUUGGUGGUGAUUAUGCCAUCUUUGAGUCGGGAUCCCGACACACUGGGCUUGAUAUCCAGGGCAAGGACAUCUCUAACCCAAUCAGCAUGCUGUUUGCAAGUACACUGAUGUUGGAGCAUCUAGAAUUCACAGCGUAUGCUGACUUGAUCAACAGUGCAAUCCUAAAGGUUGUACAGAGAGGAGUGCUAACCGCUGACGUCGGUGGCAGUCACACUACGACCCAGUUCCUCUCGGCUUUGAAGUCGGAGCUCGACCAAGUCUCCAGGACUAGAAAAAUCUUUUGAAUUUUAUAUGUGCGUACUGAAUGCUGAACAUUUAUUUCGAAUCUAAUGUACAAAUGGUAUCUGAAAAGUUGCUCGACAAGUUGCUCUUUUUAAAUAAGGUAUAAAAUGAAAAAGACUCUUAAUAGUUUAUUGAUAUGUAAAAAAUAGUUAAAUUAUAUCUACAUUCAUUAAGAGCUUGGGGUGAUUUUCUCUUUUUCUUUUCUUUAAGAAAUCCAAUCACGCCGCCAUUAUACGCUCCUGCUCAAUGCCGGGUAACACAAGGCAUCCAUUCCCAUCGGCUAAUUUAAGCGAGUAACCGUUGCAUUUUAAUGUAUAAACAAUAACAAAGGAGUGGUUGAUUGACAUUCUUUAAUAGAGUUCUAUUGAUGUUGGCCAAGCCAAGAAUAUGACCGCUGCAGGGGUAUGUAAAUAUCUGAAAAUAGGGGGGAGGACCUCGGACCACCCCUAACUCCGCCCCUGCCCUUCGCUGUUUUCUCCGCCAUAGUUUAUUUCUCCUUUAGUGGGUUUUUGUGUGGUUACUAUUUGCGUUUCCUAAAGAAUCUCUACGAGGAAAAAAGUCAAUAUCGUCACUACGCGUAGUGGAAACCUUAGUUGAAACAACGGACCGGUCAUAGAACGAGUUGCUUGUGGCGCUAUAAAAAAGACCUGCCUUAAUAUUGUAGAUGUCUUUAUUUUGUGAAUCUAUCAUAGUUAAAUAUAUAAAAUAAAUCAGGGUUACAGUA